GUGAAAAAAAAACAAAUUCAAUUGUUUUUGUUUCCAAAAGGGAUCAUCUCCUAAUUGCAUUUUCCAUUCUCCAGAAAUUGUGUCUCAACGUUUCCACUAAAUUGUAACUUUUUUGUUCCUUAAUUAGUAACAAUUAACGGAUAUGGAUGAACCCAGGAAAUUGAAUAUUGACCAGGCAAUGGUAGUUUUACUUGGAGACAAUGAUGAGGAGAGGAAACAAUUUAUUUCUCAACUUGGUUCAUCUAUUAAAUCAUUGAUUAGAUUGAUUUGUCGCUUAUUAAUUACUGGAGAUGAGGGUGAAAAAGAUUUGGCAAUCAAAUGUUUGGCUAAAAUUAGUGAGAUUGAAAGUCAAUCUAUUUUGGAAACACUUAAAGAGGAAUCAGCUGUUUGUGAUUUAAUUUACUCUUCAGUGAGUAAAUUACUUCAUUCACUGGACAAUCAAUCUAAUUUAACUGCAAUUGAUUCAAUUAACUUUUAUCUUGUUGUCUUGAUUAAUAUUACAAGGGAAGAGAUUAGUGACCAAUUUGUUAAAUCUCUGUUAUUUUCGGAUCAAAACAAUGGUGAUAAUUUACUUGAAGAGUUUCAAUUGAUCUUAAGUGGAGUUGGAAAAAUUUCUUCCAGUGGUAAUAAUCAUUUGGCUGAAUUAAUUGUUCAAUUGUUACUCAAUUUAUCUCAAUCAUCGUUAAUCCAGAAUGAAAUUCAAACCUUAAAGGAUAAUUUGGCCUCUCUGCUGAAAGUGAUUCUAAAUCUUUUCGAGAAUUCUACUAAUCCGAAGCUUCGAACCUUUUGUUUAUUGAUUAUUGUUAAUUUUCUGAUUUCUGGUUCAGCUCAAGAGACUAUGCUGGAUUCUAAAUUAGAAUUAAUUGUUAAAAUUCUUUCCCCAUUAGCUGGACCAACUUCGAGUGAAUUAGACGAUGAAGACAUGGCUCAGUUACCUUUGGAUCUUCAGUACCUUCCGCCCGAAACUGAACGUGAAGCCGAUAAUUGUGUUCGUGAUGCUUUAAUUUCUUGUCUAUUGUUGUGCUGUAACACCAAAAAUGGUCGAGAAUCGUUGAAAUCUAAUGGUACUUAUUAUAUUCUUAGAGAAUAUCAUAAAUGGGAAAAGAAUCGACCGCUUCAGAAGCGAAUCGAAGACGUUGUUGAUAUACUAAUUAAAGACGAAGAAGAGUUUGAUAAGUUUCCUGAUCUAAUUUCCACUCAAAUACCUGAACAUUUACUUGGUAAAUUUGACGAAAUGGAUCGAGAUCUAUUGACCGAAUAAUUUUGUAAUUAGUAAGAUGAUUUACUAAAGAGUGUCAAAAAUAAAACGACCUCUAAAAUCCAACUAAAUUCAAUUGGUUUUUAGAUAAUUGUUAUCUAGACAAGUUGAUCAAUAAAAAAACAAUCAGAUACUAAUCAAGAUAUUCAGUGGUCAAUUUCUCUAGAUAACAAUUAUCUGAAACCAAUUAAAUUUAGUUGGACUUUAGAGCUCAAAGCGUUUUAUUUUUGACAUCCUUUAAAAUUUUCGUUAAAUAAACAAAUUUAAUUGCAACAAUUUUUCAAUUACAAACACGCAUCUUUGAUGAUAAGAAUAAAUUGAUUAACUUAA